AUGGCCGACGCCCCCUUCACCUUUCUCCCCCUCGGGGCCAUUAUCCAAUCCAUCCGCAUCAAGGGCACCAACAUUGUCCUCGGCUUCGCCACCCAGGACCAGUACGCCGAGCACAACACGCCCUACUUUGGCGAGACCAUCGGCCGCGUCGCCAACCGCAUCAAGGACGCCCGCAUCGACAGCCUCAACGGCACCUCGUACUCCCUCGCCGCCAACAACGGCCCAAACUGUCUGCACGGCGGCAACGUCGGCUGGGGCAAGCGCAUCUGGACCGGCCCCGUCCCGGUGGGCACCGCGGCGCCGACGAUACCCGGCGUCGACGGCUUCACCCGAGGCAAGAGCGUUGCGUAUUCGCUCGUGAGCCAGCAUGGCGACGAGGGCUUUCCCGGCACCGUCGAGGCCAAGGUCAUCUACACGGCGGGCACCCAGGACGUCGACGGGCGCGAGGCCAUUGUCUUGGGCAUCGAGUAUGAGGCCGGCUUGGUGGGCGGCGCCGACGAGACCGUCAUCAACAUGACCAACCACUCCUACUUCAACCUCUCGGGCGAUGCCACCAUCGCCGGCACCUCCGUCACCCUCGCCACCAGGAACCAUCUUCCCUUUGACAGCAGCUCAGUCCCGACCGGCAGCCCCGUCCACUUCCCGGCCUUCGAUACCGCCAAGCCCUUUGUCCUCGGCGCCGCCGGCCCCGACGUCGACAACUGCUUCACCGUAGCCACCGAUGCCUCGUCCGUCCCCAUCGACACCCGCGGCCAGCCCCUUGUGCGCAACCUCUCCGCCCACCACCCCAAGACCGGCAUCCAUCUCGACGUCCUCAGCACCGAGCCCGCCUUUCAGUUCUACACCGGCCACUUCACCGAUGUCCCGCCCGUCGGCGGCGCCCCGGCUAGGGGUCCCCGGAGCGCCUUUUGCUGUGAGCCCGGGCGCUUCGUCAACGCGUGCAACGUGCCUGAGUGGCGAGGCAUGACGGUGCUGAGAAGAGGGGAGCUGUACGGCGCCAGGAUUGUGUACAGAAUCUGGGCCAAUUAG